AGAUCCUGGGACACAGCCUCUGGAGAAGAAGGCACAGACUAACUUCUAAUAAAACUCGGGUGUCAUUCUGUUUCCUCUUCAGAUUUGUUUCUGACCCAGAUUUCUCUGCCUUCAUCUUCUGUUCAGAAUUGAUGGAGCACUGCGGACGACUCUUAAUUUAGGAGAAGUGGCUAAUUUAUGUGACUCUUCAUGUCAUUUUAAAAAUGUGUUAGUCUCAAUUUUACACAGCUUUGCAUCUUGGGACCGGAAAAUACACUCUGGAUCAGAACAUAGAUGUCCGAAACACUUUUCAGCUGCUACAGGUGUCCUCAGAAGAAUAACAGAUUCAUGGAGAAGACACUGACAAUAGGUUUGACUCUUUUCAUAGCGCUCUGUCUGGACAUACCAAAAGUUGGGGGGCGAAAGGAGGGAGCCCAUGGUGAGAACACUCAGAAACGUUCAUCACGUUCUUCAGAUACAAAAGCAGGCCGUUGCUCCUACACCUUUAUUGUUCCCCAGCAAAAACUGUCUGGGGCGCUGUGUUUGAACACACAGUCUGCCACAACCAACCGCUCUGAGGAGGCAGCGCUGCGGGCAGAGCUCAAACGGCAGCAGGAACAGUUGGAGAAGCUGCAGAGUCAACUGGAGCAGGAAGGGUCCCUUGCCAUGGAGGUAAGAGCCCUACGCAAGGAAAGUAACAGCAUGAAUUCUCGCCUUGCCCAGCUCUAUGCCGAGCUGCUGCAUGAAGUCAUACACAAGAAAGACCAGGCUUUGGAGCAGCGAAGGGUGGAGAACCUCCUCCUAAAUGCUACAACACAGGCGCUACAGGUGUCCAGUAAUUACAGGGAGCUUGAGAAGAAAUAUGGAGCCCUCACCUCCAUGAUGAGCUCUCAGAACCAGUUUAUUACACGUUUGGAGAAGCAGUGCCAGUGCAGGGACCCCACCCUGUCCUCUCUGGUAGCGACUGAACCACCAAAAAGUCAUAAUGACAGCUCUGAAGCCAACGAAAUGACUAAUGAUGUUCAAAGGGACCAAAGUGCUGCUCCACCACAGAAGGAAAAAACAGUGGGAGCUCAUUCCCUCCCUGCUACAACAGCCAGCACUCCUACGGACCCUCCUUUCAUUAGUUUCCCUGUCACAAAGACUCCAGGACCAUGGCAUGACUGCCAGCAUGUGCUGCAAUCAGGAGAGACCACUAGUGGAAUCUACCUGCUGCGCCCACAGAGUGCCAACCGUCUCCUACAAGCCUGGUGUGAGCAGAGUCAGGCCCAGGGAGGGUGGACAGUCAUCCAGAGGAGACAGGAUGGGUCAGUCAACUUCUUCAGGACUUGGGAGCAAUAUAAGCAAGGCUUUGGGAACCUAGAUGGAGAGUAUUGGCUCGGUCUGGAACACCUCUACUGGCUGACUAAACAAGCCCAGUAUAAGCUACGAGUGGCUCUGGAGGACUGGCAGGGCCGGCAGGUGUUUGCUGAAUAUGACAGCUUCCACCUGGAACCAGAGAGUGACUGGUAUCGACUGCGUUUAGGACAAUACCACGGCAAUGCAGGCGACUCCCUCUCAUGGCACAACAACAAGGCCUUCACCACUUUGGAUCGGGACAAGGACAGCUACACAGGUAACUGUGCUCAUUACCAGAAAGGUGGCUGGUGGUACCACAUGUGUGCCCACUCCAAUCUGAACGGGGUGUGGUAUCGGGGUGGACACUAUCGCAGCCGCUACCAGGAUGGGGUCUACUGGGCAGAGUUCCAUGGGGGGGCCUACUCUCUCAAACGAGUUUCCAUGAUGAUCAAACCCACAUAACAUAGUUGUAUUAUGGACAUGUUAGAUGGAAACACAAUUAUAAACUAUUGUAGAUCAUUUUUAGACAUAUGUAGAGAUCCUCAAAGAUAUUUUCUUUUGUUAAUCCUGUACAGUGUUGAGCCAGUUUGUGUCUUCA